AUGUUAAAUGCCUCUUCAGAUCUAGAGAGGGCAAAGCCACACCUCGGUGUGAUCCAAGUGUGGGACACAGCUGGUCAAGAACGGUUCCGGACAAUAACUCAGUCUUAUUACAGGAGUGCCCACGGGGCCAUCCUUGCCUAUGACCUUACUAGGAGGUCCACAUUUGAAUCCAUUCCUCACUGGAUUCAUGAAAUUGAAAAGUAUGGUGCUGCAAACUUGGUCAUGAUGUUAAUUGGGAACAAAUCAGAUUCGCUGGAUAAGCGCCAAGUACUGUUUGAAGAUGCCUGCACACUGGCAGAGAAACACGGGCUCCUAGCUGUACUGGAGACAUCAGCAAAAGAAGCUCAAAAUGUAGAAGAGGUGUUCACGUUAAUGGCUAAGGAGCUAAUAGCCCGAAAUACAUUACAGCUUCACGGAGAGAACCCUCCGAACAGCAUCUGUCUUGAUUCCAGGCCGGUGAUUGCCAGCCCAAGUGUGGAGAAGACCCAGUGCCUCUGUUAGAGAUUUCAGGAAGAACUUGGAAGUUGUCAUUCUCCUGAGGCUGUUUGAUUGCAUUUUAUUGAAUUGAUGGAAGUGUGCUAUGUGGCCUCAAGCUGUCUCUUGAUACCUCCGCCUUGCAGUUUGUCUUGCAAGUAUCUUCAGAGAUUGUUGAUGCUGUUGGUAGCACAGGUUGCUUUGAACAUGGCAGCUGAUACUUUAACAGAAACAUCUGAGCUGAGAGGACUUGCAAAGCUGCUAGCUCUUGCCUUAACCAAAGAGAAUUGUAAAAAUUAUUGCCUUUAAUUAUGACCUUAAAUGAUUUUCUGGCUGUGUCUGAAGAUAAAUUUGCACCAGAGCUCUGCAUUGGUUUGACCCUCCUAAGCUAUGUUGUUUGUUCUAGCGUAAGCACUUUACUCUUUGCCAGUAGCUUUAAAAAGUCUGACAAGUGCUUUCACGGCACUAACCCACUGCUGCUUAAGCUUUCAUUUAGGGGUGGUCCCAAUGUGAGACAUGUAGCCACCCAUCCCAAUGAACUUAGUAACAUUGGUGAAAGAGGCCGUGAUUUCACAGCUGUACUGACUUCCUCACCAGACAAACCUGGAAACAUCCCUGGGGUUUCAUAGUGGGUAGAGUAUGAUACACCAGGGUCUCAACCCUUUUCCUGGGGUGAGAAAAGUUGUCUUUCACUUUGCACUCUACCAAUUGUUUCCAGUAGUGAUCUCUGUCUUGCUACAUAGACUUGCUAGACGUAGUGAUGCUUCUAAGGCAGCAGUAAUGGCCUAAAUCAAUGCUGGAAUGAAAGGAUGUUUUCCUCCCCCAACUCCUGUCUUGCUUUUGAUGUGCUCAUUUUAAUCAAAAGCCUUCUGUAGUUUGUGUGAUGGGCCAAUGGCAGCUUGAGAGUAUGCCUGUAACUUUCAAGUGUGAAGAAGAGAUUCAAGCUCCUGUAAGACUUAGCGAGGGGUAAGAUGGUUUAAUCAUGUAACCUCACCUUACAGCUGUAGGGGAAUGGUAUGGAGCAUACCAGAAAGUUAUCCCUAGGCAAGUAUAUAUGCUACUGCUAUGGAGACCGAACACCUUGGUAGCAAUAGAUGGUUUUGUAUUUAUUACUCCUCCCAAAUACAAGCUCUGCUUUUUGAGGGCUCACUUCUAUGUACUGGAACUGAAUGAAGGGUUUGUUUUAUUGUGGGGGGUUUCAUUAGUUUUUUUUGUUGCUGUUUGUUUUUUUUUUUUCUCCAGUAGAUGGAAACAGGGAAGGAGAGGGAGGCAAGAAACACUAACCAGUAAGUUUUUUGACUGCACUCCACAUGUACCAAGGCGCAUCACUUCGUUACUGUUAAGCUACAAACUGGAACUCUAACUCUGUAAUGGUAAAACAGUCUGGGUUACCUGCAAAGAAGCCUUGGGAAGGCUGGUGUGCUGCUAGCUUAUGGCAGUCUACCCAUGCUUCACAAGUUGUUGAAAAACAAGGAAAAUUGUAGCAAUUACUUCUGGAAAAAUCUUGUCUGAGAAGCACAAAAAAAUAAAGCAGAAUGAA